GAAGCUGGGGUCUUGGGGACAGGCUUGGGGGGGAGGGCAAGUGAUUAUAGCCACCAGGGUAACUUACCAGGUGCUGAGGCCACUUCCUGGCAGAGCUACGGCCCCAGGAGGGUCCAUGGGAACCUUGAGGGGCUGGACAAGGACUAGGAAGGAGUUCUGAAGAUACUGGUCUCCUCGUUGGCUGCCGGCCAUGAUCCUUGGCAACCCCCCCCCAAACUCUGAGAAUGCACUGGUGGGGGAGAGGUACAACCACGUGUUCCUGCCUUCGCUUCUGGAUCUGCAUGUCACCUCCUCUGCAAAGGCGUGCUGGUCACCAUGACAACAGAGACAGGCCCCGAUUCUGAGGUGAAGAAGGCUCAGGAGGAGGCCCCACAGCAGCCUGAGGCAGCGGCUGCUGCGACCACCCCUGUGACCCCAGCAGGCCACGGCGGCCACCCGGAGGCCAACUCCAAUGAGAAGCACCCGCCCCAGCAGGACACCCGGCCUGCUGACCAGAGCCUAGACAUGGAGGAGAAGGGCUAUGGGGAGGCUGAUGGCCUGUCAGAGAGGACCACGCCCAGCAGAGCCCAGAAAUCGCCCCAGAAGAUUGCCAAGAAGUACAAGAGUGCCAUCUGCCGAGUCACUCUGCUUGAUGCCUCUGAGUACGAGUGCGAGGUGGAGAAACACGGCCGGGGCCAGGUGCUGUUCGACCUGGUCUGUGAGCACCUCAACCUCCUGGAGAAGGACUACUUCGGCCUGACCUUCUGUGACGCCGACAGCCAGAAGAACUGGCUGGACCCCUCCAAGGAAAUCAAGAAGCAGAUCCGGAGCAGCCCCUGGAAUUUUGCCUUCACAGUCAAGUUCUACCCCCCUGACCCUGCCCAGCUGACAGAAGACAUCACAAGAUACUACCUGUGCCUGCAGCUGCGGGCGGACAUCAUCACGGGCCGGCUGCCCUGCUCCUUCGUCACACAUGCCCUGCUGGGCUCCUACGCCGUGCAGGCUGAGCUGGGUGACUAUGACGCCGAGGAGCACGUGGGCAACUAUGUCAGCGAGCUCCGCUUCGCCCCCAACCAGACCCGGGAGCUGGAGGAGAGGAUCAUGGAGCUGCACAAGACGUACAGGGGCAUGACUCCAGGGGAAGCAGAAAUCCACUUCUUAGAGAAUGCCAAGAAGCUUUCCAUGUAUGGAGUAGACCUGCACCAUGCCAAGGACUCCGAGGGCAUCGACAUCAUGUUAGGGGUCUGUGCCAAUGGCCUGCUCAUCUACCGGGACCGGCUGAGAAUCAACCGCUUCGCCUGGCCCAAGAUUCUCAAGAUCUCCUAUAAGAGGAGUAACUUUUAUAUCAAGAUCCGGCCUGGGGAGUACGAGCAGUUUGAGAGCACAAUUGGCUUUAAGCUCCCAAACCACCGGUCAGCCAAGAGACUGUGGAAGGUCUGCAUAGAGCACCACACGUUCUUCCGGCUGGUGUCGCCUGAGCCCCCACCCAAGGGCUUCCUGGUGAUGGGCUCCAAGUUCCGAUAUAGUGGGAGGACCCAGGCACAGACCCGCCAGGCCAGUGCCCUCAUUGACCGGCCCGCACCCUUCUUCGAACGUUCCUCCAGCAAACGGUACACCAUGUCCCGCAGCCUUGAUGGAGCGGAGUUCUCCCGCCCAGCCUCGGUUAGUGAAAACCAUGACACGGGACCUGAUGGUGACAAGCAGGAGGAGGAUGGCGAGUCUGGGGGUAGGCGGUCAGAGGCCGAGGAGGGAGAGGUCAGGACCCCCACCAAGAUCAAGGAGCUAAAGCUGGAGCAGGAAACCACGCCGAGACACAAGCAGGAGUUCUUAGACAAGCCAGAGGAUGUCCUGCUCAAGCACCAGGCCAGCAUCAACGAGCUCAAGAGGACCCUGAAGGAACCCAACAGCAAACUGAUCCACCGGGAUCGAGACUGGGAGCGGGAGCGCAGGCUGCCCUCCUCGCCCGCCUCCCCCUCCCCCAAGGGCACCCCUGAGAAAGCCAACGAGUCCCGGAGGACCCAGGACACCUCUCCGCAGGACUUGGCACCUGAGCCUGGAACGGCCACAGGCUGGGAAGUGUUCACUCAGAAAAGCCUCGCAGCGUCUCCUGAGGGUUCAGAGCAUUGGGUAUUUAUAGAGAGAGCGUACACUAGGCCAGAAGAACUCAGUCUCCUAAAAGUGACCACCACGCAGCAGGAAGAAAGUAAGGCAGGCCUCGCAGAUAUCCUUGCUGAUGGCAGACUCUCCAAGGUAGACGUCCUGGUGGACAAGUUCAAAGUCGAAGUGGCCACAGAAGAAAUGGUGGCAGUUAGAAGAGCAAAGACCCAGCCACAAGGAAGAAUGAUCGCAAGCCCUGAAGACUUGGAGUCAGUGUGGGAGGAAGGCCCUUGGGUCAGGAAAGGCCCAGGAAGGGCUUCUCCGGCUGCAGGCUGCGCGCUGGCAGAAAAGCUCCUUGUGGGCUCCCAGGUGAGGGUGGGCACUGGGGAGGCCACCAUCAAGAAGCGCUGGAUCUCAGGUGGCCAGUUGGAGGGCCAGAUGGAGCUGAGGAAGGAGCUGGAGGAGUUCCAGACUUGGGGAAGACCCGCUGCCUCAGGGACCAGGCCAGCAGAGGCCGAUGUCCCCUCUCCAGCCUCUGACACGGGAGGACUCCAGUCGUUUCUGCUGGACCCAGCCCAGUCGGAAGCCAGAGCUGACUCGAGUGAUGAAACCGAACCUUCAUUUGCAGAGAGGAGCUUCUAUUUUAACUACGGAGAGAAGGACUCUGAAGACCAAGUCCUCCCUCCACCUCUGGAGGAGAGGGAAGAGCACCUGGAUGCCCUUCCUGUUGACGAGACCAGGCUGGAGCUCUCGGACAAGCUCACAGAGAGCUCUGCGUGGAGUCCCUCAGCCCCACAGUGCUCUGCAGCUGCUUCCAGCAGGAACAGAGACGAAGAGGGUGAAGGCCACACAGCUUCCUUAGAGGAAGGGGCAGGGUCCCCUGGGAACCACGGAAGACCAGAUGGCCUGGGGGCCUUUGUUGAGCUGCUUGGAAAGGGACCUUCUCCAGGGCAGACGUUUGCUGAGGACUGGGAAGAAGCUGGGCGGGGGGUGGAAGGAGAAUUUAGCCACCCAGCAUCCAACCUAGACACAGAGGAAGAGGUCCCCACGGGUGGAGAUUUGAUGGAAAAGGCUGAGAAAAAUCCCCCAGCAGGAUGGAAGAACCACUCACCUCACAGAGGAGGGGGCAUGCGCCCAGACCUCCCAGCUUGCGCCCUUCCGUGGACCACCCCUCCUAGUGAUGUCAGGAAGCCAGCCAAGCCAGACAGAGGCAACUUCCUGCCCCACGACAGGGGACUGUCUCACAUCCAGACAGGAGAACCUGUGACGGAGGACAGAAAGGCCUCAGCGUUUCUUCAGAUGGAAGUGAUCGCCCCUCUCCCAGCCUCCCCUGGUCCCUUUCAAGCUCAGGCAGCUCCAGAGGAAACUUCUCCAAGCCCAACCCCUCGUGGGUCAGGGGAGCCUCCGCAGCUUGGGGAUCCUUUUGGAGAACAGUCCCCUGUGUUUCUCAAACAUGCCCAUCCUUUCAAAGAGACCCCAGAGCCCAAGGACCGAGUAGGACCAUUCGUGACCCCAGACGGUGGUGAGCGCCGGGCACCUCCCGUUGCCAGCAGAAAGCCCAGAGUUGUUUCUGAAGAAGCUGAGGGGGCUGUACCCCUAGGCUUGGUGUUCCCUGCAGGGAAGCAAAAGGCGAUGACCUUUUUCCAGGCUGGGGGCCAAGAGGGCUCCCUGGAAGAUAUUAGCAAGACCUCAGUGGCCAACAAAAUUCGGAUCUUUGAGACCCACGGAGCCCAAACUCGCCGAGCAAGUCAAGGGGAAACAAGGGCCCUCAUGAACGAGUUGUCUUCAGAGGCCUCCGUGGGUCAGGUAGAGCAACAGCGGAAUAAGCUUCUGGACCUGGGCUUUGUCCAGCUCCAGUCCUCCGGGGACUUCGCUGGCCCCAGAGCCACUCAUUCCUCAGUGAUGCCACUGGCUGCCAGACACUUCCGGGAGGGCAUUUCUACCACAUCCCCCCAGGAAGGAGGCACGGACCUCGAGCUUGUGUCCCCCGAUUCGGGCUGUGAAACUGCGCUGGAGGAAACCACCGGGGGCACUGGCCACAACAAAUCCGGAGAUGCGGUCAGGGAAGAGAAGCCCAUCACCAGCUUAGCAGCAAACCCCCCCGGGAAAGGGGGGCGCCUGAGAUUCGCCAGCCCCUCAGGCCCUCAGAGAGCAGGGCUAAGGGAGGGCUCAGAGGAGAAGGUCAAACCGCCUCGUCCCAGGGCCCCAGAGAGUGACACGGGAGACGAGGACCAGGACCAGGAGAGGGACGCAGUGUUCCUGAAGGACAACCACCUGGCCAUUGAGCGCAAGUGCUCCAGCAUCACGGUCAGCUCCACGUCCAGCCUGGAGGCUGAGGUUGACUUCACGGUCAUCGGUGACUACCAUGGCAGCGCCUUCGAAGACUUCUCCCGCAGCCUGCCUGAGCUCGACCGAGACAAAAGCGACUCAGAGACCGAGGGCCUGGUGUUCUCCCGGGAUCUCAACAAGGGGGGCCUCGGCCAGGAAGACGAGUCUGGGGGCAUCGACGAUAGCCCGGAUCGAGGGGCCUGCGCCACCCCAGAUAUGCCCCAGUUUGAGCCCGUGAAAACGGAAACCAUGACUGUCAGCAGCCUGGCCAUCAGAAAGAAGAUUGAGCCAGAGGCUGUCCUGCAGACCAGAGUCAGCACUAUGGACAGCAGCCAGCAGGUUGAUGGGACUGCCCCAGGGGGAAAGGAGUCCAUAACAACUGCUCCCUCCAUCACCACGGAGACCAUAUCAACCACCAUGGAGAACAGUCUCAAGUCCGGGAAGGGGGCAGCUGCCAUGAUCCCAGGCCCACAGACGGUGGCCACGGAUAUCCGUUCUCUUUCUCCGAUCAUCGGGAAAGAUGUCCUCACCAGCACCUACGGCGCCACCGCGGAAACCCUCUCCACCUCCACCACCACCCAUGUUACCAAAACUGUGAAAGGGGGGUUUUCUGAGACGAGGAUCGAGAAGCGGAUCAUCAUCACUGGGGAUGAAGAUGUUGAUCAAGACCAGGCCCUGGCUUUGGCCAUCAAGGAGGCCAAAUUGCAGCAUCCUGACAUGCUGGUAACCAAAGCUGUCGUAUACAGAGAAACAGACCCGUCCCCGGAGGAGAGGGACAGGAAGCCACAGGAAUCCUGACCUCUGUGAAGAGAUGCUGGCGUUUCUGGUCCAACCCAAGCCAGAGAACCGUUAAGAAGGGGCCUUCAUCCUGGAUUCUCCGACUCAACACCGAAGUCCCAGCUGUGACGUACUGUCACCAAAGAGGGACUGGGAAAGGAAAAGCAUAUAUAUAUAAAUAUAUAUAGAUAUAGAUAUAUAUACAGGAAACACCGCGUCCUUGCACUGCUGCUGGGGCUGGCCGCGCAGUCGGCCAACAGCAGCAACCAACAUCUGAACACCUACAUUUCCUUUGCAGACAAAUUGAAGAACUGGUGGGAUUUUUCAGGAAAAAAAAAUAUAUAUAUAUAUACAUAUAUAUACAUGUAUAUGUAUAUAUAUGUAUAUAUAUAUACACAUAAUGACAAUACUCUCUCGCUCCCCCUUUCGAAGCCCUGCGGAACGACAAACGCAAGUCAGACCACAGUGAUCGUAGGCGUACAAAACGACCCUGGUUCCGCACGUUACCUUGCGUGGAUGAGCAUUCCAUUUGUCCUGAAGCGUGUGCUGCCCACUCCAAUGCAAAGGAAACACUUUUGCAGCAAAGCAAGAGAAGUCACAGCAGCAAGACACACACCGUCAACCGUUUGCCAAGAACGAAAGAAACCGUUUGCCAAGAACGAAAGAAAAUCCCCCACUCAGAAAGGAGGAGGAACACUGGAUUAUUAUUUUUUGGGUCUUGACACUGGGCUGCAAAAUCCACCUUCCUUUCUUCCGCCUCCCCUCCCCUCCCCCUUGACUCACGCGUCUUUUUGUCAUUUCUGUCUCUGCUCCCUCCUCCCCCUCCCCCACCCUCUGUAUCCUGGUCCUGCCGAGGGCCGCUGCGGAUGACUCUGGUUUGAAACAAGAAAAAGAAAAGAAAGCAAGAACAGAAAACCCAGCCACAGGAAGGAAAGUAAACAUUGUAUGUUUAUGGGUUCUCAUUACGGAGGUGCAGCUUGUAGGAGAUGUGUAUGGAUGUGCUUUUAAGUUAUGUAUAUGACAUAUAACAGGAAACAAAUAUUAAAAUAAACAGUGCUGGUAAGUAUGAAGCUGACAUUUUAAAAUUAUAAUUAUCCGACUGUGAUUGAUGUAUCCCAUGGUCCUUAGAGCUCACUGAACCGGCCCAGCCGAGGAGACCUGGACUCUGGCUGUGGGUUGCUCGCAGUAGUAGCUGACGGUUCAGCGUAGUAAUACAGUGUGUGGUAUUUGUAACUGGUUGAUUGGUGGGGAGGGUUGGGGACCCCAGAUGGAGGGGCAGGAGUUUGGCAAGAAGGAAGAAACACAGACAUAGUCCAGGAUGCCUUCCCCCCCUCAGGCAGUAGCCACCAGGGCCUGGUCUGUGCUCAGGUGUGGGGUCCAGAGUCAGGAUUCUGCUAGAGGGGUCCCCUGGCUCAGCUCCCAUACCUCCCUAGGGGGUUUGCUUCAGUUUUCAGUCUUCUCAUUUUUUUGGCCACGUGUCUUUUCCCUGACCACGUUGUGAUGGCUGACUCCCCCUGCAAAGGGACGUGACGCCCUUGGCCACCACAGAGGUUGGUGGCUUUAACCCAGCUGUCUGGAGAGCCCGGCUCGCUCUCACCCUCUACCCCUCCCACAUUCAUUCUCUUCCUCCUGGGCCAAAGCAGCCAUGGUAGAGACCAGGAACACAGAGCAGGCCCCAUAGGGUAAAAUUUCAUUUCCGAAGGCUUUGCCUGCCCCAGAACAAGCCGCAGAUGAAAGGUGGUGUUGCUCAGGGGCUCCUUCUAUGUAUGAGACUCUGGCUUUGGAAACCUCCCCUUUAGCCAGCAUAUGAGCUCUGAGCCUGUACCCUGAGAGUCCCCAAAAUUGCCUUCAGACCACAGAAGCCCUUGGAGAAUACCCCUUGCAAAGCUUGGGCUUUCCCAGGCUCGCCUGCCAGGAGCUGCUUCUCUGAGCUUAGUGAGUCCCCUUUGGAGGGGAUAUAUCCCCACCACACUGUAAUUUCUCAGUCCCAUCUUACCUCCCCCGUCCCACCUCUACAGCGGUGAUUAAAUUCAUUCGACAAAUUACUUAUUGAGUACCUACUUGUGCCAGACACUAUUCUUGGACUGCAGGAGAGAAUGUGGGGGAGGGGAGGGACCUGGAAGUCCCCUGAGCCAGCCUUACAUCUUCAAUCAUGGCUUGCCCCUCUGAGAGCAUUUCCACAUUCUCUCCAAUUAUUGGCCAUUGCCCAGGGAUACCCCCCCCCCCCGACCCAGAGGGCCCCGGCUUACUUAUCAGUUUCCCCAAUGACAUAUAUGCUCAGUUUGCUAAGCUGGUGCUGACCUGAGGACAAAAAACCAGAACAGUGUUUGCCUCUAUGGGCAAAAAUAGGACAGAGAGCAGGCAGAGAGAUCCCUGCCCCUGGGGCUCCGAUGGUGGAUUCGGUCACACACCCCCCCACACACACACUGGAGCAAGACCGGUGGCCCAGGCCGACCCCUCCCCUCCCACCCCGAGUGUGACAGGUCACUUCCCAUGCACCAGGUUCUUUUUAUAAUCUUGGUGGAGAAGCCACAGUACCUCCUUCCCACCCCUCUCAACCUGAGAGCUCCUAUUCUUUCUAGACCAAGAGCUGGAAUGGCUCCACCCUCCCUGGGCCACCCGGAAUCUGGCUCAAGCACACCUGUCUUUGCAGGAACCAGGCGUCCCGAGCACUCUGGUCACACCUCAGAGGGAAAGUGUUUGUUCUGGAUUCUACACCUGUUUAUAGCCCUUGAACGUGUGGCUUCAGAGCAGGGAUGAAGUGACCAGGCUUAGUGUGUGGGCCGGCCAGGGUUUGUGGAGCUCUUCAUCCCACGGAUGCUGUGACCUUCCUUCCAUGGGGAGGCAGGUAGUGCCACAGGGAGGAGGGGAGCUGCAAAGCUGAAAUCUAGGGCACUGUUUCCUCCCAUCCUCCUCUUGUUAGAGAAUAUAGAUGUUUGUCUUGUCUGUCUUCAACCUACUUUUCUUUUUUUCCUUUUUACAUUUCUCACCCUUUCUGUGCUGCCUCUCCACCCAGGAGACCAUGUGGCAUAAUGGAAAAUGUCCUGGAGGGUAUCCUGGCUCAGCCCCUAACUCACCAUGUGACAUUGGACUAGUCCCACCCCCCCACCCCCUUUGGGGCCUCAGUUUCCCCAUUUGCAAAAUGAGCAGGAUAAACCGGAUGCUCUCCAGGGUCUUUUCCCAGUCUGCUGUCCUACAGAUCUUCAUUUUCUCUUAUUUUGCUUUCUUGGGAUCUUUUCCAUCUGAGGGGACAGGAAGUGCCAGGACCUGUUUCAGUUUGUAAAUCCUGCAAGCACAUUCCAAGACUGGCCUGCAAUUGCAUGAGCAACAUCACUCUAAAUAUUUUUUUUUUCAAAAGCACCUUACCAACCAACUGCGAUGCUGUCCUGUUCCUUUUUACUCACACCCCUUCCUCCCCUCUCGUCCCCACACUCCCCCACCUCAGUGCUCUGUGCUGUAUGCGUGUGCUCUCUGUUCUUGUAUACUCAAUAAAAGUGAAAUAAAUGUGUUUGAUGCUGAACCACA